AGAUGUUAAAUUUAUUAUAAUCUCACAAAAUAAAAUGACAAUUGCUCUAUAUUGGAUCGGGUUUAAAAAAAACCGAUAGGUUCACGGGUUCGGGUAUUAUAGGAACAAACUCGUGCCCAUAAACCCAACGGGUAGGACUUUGUGCCCAUUAGCAAACCCACGGGUCUAAAAGUUGACCCAAAUCCGUACCCUAAUAGAGAAAAAACCCGUCGGAUUUCGGAUUUCGGGUACCCUAACAGAGAAAAAACCCGUCGGAUUUAGGAUUUCGGCUACCCAUUGCUAUCCAAGUCACGCAGGAAGCAUCCAUCUGCCCGUCAUCAGACAAACAAAGGCAUCAGCAAAUUAAUUGCAGCCAGAUCGAAGAAACCAAGAGCACAAGGUCAAAAUCAGUCCUCAAAUCUGCGAGGCACUCGCGUCCCAGAUCCAUCGUCAGAGCCUCCCGGCAUCAGAUACCUUCCUUGCCGCCGCGCCGAGCUCCAAAAGCAAGCAGCCGGCCAUGUCCUCGGCCUCCGGCGCCGGCGCCGGCGGCCGGCGCAUCACCAUCAAGUCCAUCUCCUGCCGCGGCGUCAAGGCCUUCGUCCCGUUCCAGAAGCCGCCGCUCUACGCCGCGGUGUCCCUCGGGGGCCGCCGGGAGAAGACAGCGCCCGACGCCGACGGCGGCGAGUGCCCGGACUGGGACGACGCGGCGUUCGCCUUCGACCUCGACGGGGAUGGCGGUGGCCAGCAGCAGCUGCAGCAGCUGGUGGUGGAGUUCGAGGUUAAGGCGCAGGUGGCGCUCCUCGGCACCAAGCUCGUCGGCACGGCUAGCGUGCCAGUGGCCGACCUGGCGGCGCCCGGAGUGGGAGGCGCCGGCGCGGCGCUGCGGCACGUCAGCUACCAGGUGAGCGCCCCCGACGGCAAGCCCAACGGCACGCUCAGCUUCGCAUACGCCAUCAGCGGUGGCCCCGGCACCGGCGCGCGUCCGCAACCGCAGCAGCCCUACUACCCGGCGCCGGAUCAAAAUCCGAGCUUUUGCUGCGCGCCUCCGCCGAGCGCACCCUAUCCUGCUCCCGCGGCGGCAAACUUCGCGCCACCGAGCGGCGCGUACCCUCCGCCACAGCAGCCGUCGCCGCCGCCGGCUUCCGCUCCUCUCUACCCGCCGCUGGAAGACUUGCUCCCGCCGAGCAGCUACCCCCCUCCCGCAGCGCCUAAUCUACAGUUCCCAUCGCCAAACAGCAGCAGCAGCUACCCGCCGCCGCCGCCGCCGACGGCGGCUGUUACAGCGUACCCGCCGCCACCAGUGUCAUGUACCGCCUAUCCGGCGCCACCGGCAGAGUACUCCAGCUACCCGCCGCCGCCGACGGCGGCAUACCCACCACCACCUGCGUCAUGCGCAGCCUGUCCUUCGGCGCCUCCGGCACCGUACUACAGCUACCCGCCGCCACAAUCGGCCACCUACCCGCCGGCGCCGCCGAGCGGCUACCCACCGCUUCCGGCGUCCAAUUUGACCCCUCCGACCAGCACCUACCCGCCGCCGGCGGAGUCAGGCUCGGGCUCGGCCUACCCAGUUUAUCCCAGAUCGGCGCCUUCGCCUUCGCCGCCGCCGCCGCCGAGCACGGUGGACCGUGCGCUGCCGUACUACCCGGCGCCGCCCGGCGGCUCGUACUACCCUCCGCCGGGGACGCGGCACCCCGAGCUCGACGGCGCGGCCACGACGCUGCACUACUACCCGCCGCCGGGGACUCGGUACCCGUAGGAGGCACUCGGGGAAAAAAUCUGCAGUCUUGUGAUGGCUGACGAAAAUGUUUCCAGGAGUUUUUUUAUUAUUUUUUGAGGCCCCAGUUCCUUUUUCUCUGGCAUAUUUUAGUCCGUAGGUUUGGUUAGCAUAGUUGAUCAGCAAAAUGGUUUUUGGACCAAACGAUUAAAACUGCGAAAGGAGUAGAGAUAUGGGAGAGGCUAAUAGUUGCUCAUCAGUUACCUGAAACAUGAUGAAAGUUAAAUCUAUGAUCAUACCAUGCAUCCAUCUACUAGUAUUAUUCUUUCUCCUGUUUUCUCAGCUCCGUACAAUUGACGGUCCUAUGCAUUUUUAUUCAUUUUGAUGUUCCAGGGAUUUCUUUUUUAGCUUCUAGCAUAUCAAUUUUUUUACUACAAAACUUUUUGCACAAAUAGGUGCUAAUUCGCGAGUUGAAUCUAAUGAGCCAAAUUAAUUCAUAGUUUGCUAUAGUGAUGCUACAGUAACCAUCCGCUAAUUAUGGAUUAAUAUAUUUUAUUAAAUUUGUCUUAUAGUUUAGCCCCGGUGUUCUCCAGUUAAUUUUGUAAUUAGACUUAUUACUUAUAAUUACUAAAUUUCUCUUUAGUGUGAUAUAGUCUAAAGUUUAGUCCCUGGAUGACCUCCCACUGUUGGCGGUCCACGGUUCUAGCAUCCCCACCACGCUGUUUGGCUUCCCUCUAGUCCCAUGAUCCCAUCUCUGUCAACAUAUCCAGGACCUCAAACAUCCCCCCCCCCACACACACACGGAGUUCCGUUUUCAGAAAAGUUGUUGAAAUUUGACAUCUAAGAUGUCUCCCUUCAUUUCAAAUUAGAGGUUGUUUUAUCUUUGUAAAUACAUAGUCAUUCCUAUGUACUAGACCACGACUCCCGCGUCGCCUCCGCGUCAGGCGACAGGGAGCGAAACCCUAACCCUAGCCGCCGCCCCUCUUCCCCUCUGCUCUCUCCGUCACGCCGCUGCCCGAGGAGCCUCCGGAAGCCCGUGAGGUGUCGAGGACGGCGGCGGCGCGGCCAUUUUCCCCUACCUCGGGGGCGGCAGGGCAGGCGCGGCCGUCCGGCCUCCUGAGGGCACCGGCGGCGGCGGCGGAGUUUGGGUGCCACAGAUCCGGCGUUACCCCGGCUGGAUCCGGUGGCCGCACGGCGGGGGAGCGCAUGUCUGUGGUGGGGCGUGUUGCGGCGGCGGCCUUUGGCCGGUGCGAUUGGCGCUGGCAUUGGCGGCGGCCGUCACAACAGCUUCGGGCGGCGCCUCGUGGUCUCAGACGGCGGUCAGCGCAAGGGCCUGAGGCGAACAGGCGCUGCCCUGGGCAGGGACGGCGGCGGCAGCGUCGGCGGCGGCCUGUGAGGUGCAGGGCGUGGAAGCUUGAUGCCGCGGGAGGCUCUGCGCGGGGGGCGCCGGCGUGGCUGGCCGCUCGGGGCCAUGGUGGCCUGGAGGUGGUGCCGGCGGACAUCUGCGUGUAGGCUGUGGGGACGGAGGUGAUGGCUGGUGCUCCCUGUCUCUCCUCGACAUCGUUGCGGAUUCGGCGCUGCUUCGGUGGUGGGGCCGGGUGGCUUGCGCUGGGUGCUCCCAGUACACUGGUGUGCUCUCGUGGUGCCGUGGUGGCAUUCCGUAGUGUGCCGAGUGAUCUCUCUAGCAGAGGCGUUGCGGAGGCGACGAGAAGCAUGCUGCUGCUUAUUGCCCGUGAGUGUGCGACAGGCACGACAUUGAUCUAGGCGAAGGCCUUCACCGGUGCUCUUGCCGGUGGUAGUGGUGGCGGCGCCCUUGGGGCGUCGUUCUUCCUGUUGGGGAACCACUACGAGGUGUCGUGUCCUGAAACUUGAGUUUUCAGGGUGAAAACCCGGUCUAGUGUUAUGGACGAGCGACGCCGGUGCCAUUCGCGUCGUAUCCUUCCUGGAGGCGCCGCUUAUAGAGACCCAUCACGGCUUUGUGGCAAUGUUGGUGGUGGUCUGGUUGGCCCGUGUGCAGUGGCUGAGAAGGUGCGUGGGGUCAGUGUGAUGGCGGCGAGGUGCAAAGGGCCCAUGGAUGCUGCAUGCUCGGGCUGGCGCGCUUGGUGCGGUGACCCCGGUGUCGGUUGGGCGGAGGUGUCGCUCUCAUGGCGGUUUCAUAUAUCUGAGUCCUUGGCAGAGGAGUGAGAGGCGCAUAUUUUACCUUGGUAUACUUGAAGCUCCACUGCAUAUAAUCUGCAAGCUUUUUUAUAUUGUCUAUUGACAACAAUGGAUCAUCAAAGAGCUCUUUCCCCAUCUCCUCCUGGGCAGACUGUGGAAGAGACUGAAAAGAUACUACUCGAACAGUAGGAUUCCUUGACCCUUCAGCCUUAUCAUCACCAAUUCCAGCAGCAGCGGAGGUAUUUUCAACAGCUGUAGACGGAGUGAGCUUGGGUGCUUCGGGAUUCGACUCCUUUGAUGUUCCAGAUAUGCCUGCAUCUUGACAGAUAGCAGGACGGUUUUCGAUUAACCCAAUUACUGGCGACUCGGGGGCUGAUCGAGUAGUGGUUUCUAGAUCCCUUUACACCCAGUUACGAAAGUCUUGGACUUGACUUUUCUCAUGCUCAAGAAGAUAUUGGAUCCUACACAAGUAAUAUUCAGAAUAAGAAAGCUGAGGCUAAUUGAAUCUAAUUUGAGAAGUUUAGAUUCUUAGUGGCCACUAUCGAGGCGAUAUGUUUUCCUCUGCAACAAAGAUCCAGGAGCUGCUUUACGCUUCUUAUCGCCACCAGAUUGGGCGGCAUCUUCGAAAGAGGGAGGCAUGCAGUACCAUGUCUUAUAAUUCUUCUGCAAAAAAUAAAAUUCAUCAGAACACCAGAGAGCUCAUCUCCAUGCACUCGACAAUGCUUCUUAAUACUUACCCAGGUCUUCUCGGGUGGAUUGACUGCCGAGAAGAGUGCUGGCAACACCAAUGACUUGUCGAAAUUAUCAAGUACUUUGCAACAUCUUCUGACUACUUCAGAAUGAGCCAUAGCUUUUGGAGAGAGACUGGUGGGGUCUUUUGUACCUUCAUAUCUGAAGGCAGGAUGCUUCCGACGCUGAAGAGGUUGAAUCCGACGACUCACAAAGGAAAAGACUACAUGAUUACUAGUAAUUCCUUUGUCUUUGAAUUUUGCAAUGGCGCCAAGAAUACAUUCGACUUGACUGCCACCAGGUCCGGUACUCGACCAGUUUGCUUGGACUUGGGGGCGCCAGCAAUCCUUUCUGGAAGUAGAGAUUCGAAGUUCCCGACAUGAAACCAGAAACUUUUCCACUCGGUUCCUUUACCCGCUGGAUCAUAAGAUAAGUACUCGUCUCGGGUCUCAGGACAGAGCACUAAUUCACAUCCCCCGACGAUGGCGGGUUUAGUGGCAUUUGGAAUGGGUACAUGGGUGAAAAAAAAUAUUAGAAAAGAUGGAAGUGGGGAAGGAUACCAAGGAAUGCUUCGCAGAAAUGGGUGAAUAUAGAAAGAUGCAAGAUGGAUUGUGGAGUCAGAUGACGCAAUUGGAUUCCCCAGAAGUGCAGAAGAGCAUAGAAGAACUCAGAAACAGGUACUGCAAGACCACAUUUCAUGAAAUCACGAAACACAAUGGUUUCAAGUGUACCUUCAAAAGGAUAAUCUUCUCCUUCGCCUGUGCGCCAUUGGAUCACAGCUUGACUCUGGAGAAGGCCCAUAUUCUCCAAUUCUUGUACAGCUGCUUCAGACAUUUUGCUUUUGCGCCAGCCGGUGGAAAGAUUCGCAACCGCUUCAUCUUCGAUUUUGGACUUGUUCUUCUUGGGAGCCAUCUCAGUGUCACGAGCUAUGCUCAGGGGCUACGAGAGGGGCUAAUCGAUGGCACAAGUAAUUGGGGAGUUUGGAUUUAAAUUUGACGGCGGCCAGGAGUCAAAGGGGUAAAACCUUAGAAGUCACCGCAUGGGUUUAUACGGUCUCCAAUGGCAAUUAUGUGAAUACCUGAAAGAUCAAUAGAUUGUUCACUUCUCUGAGCAGUUUUACCAUAUAUUUUGUCAUGAGUUUUUGAUCCUCAAAUCUAAAUUGAGAGAUUUAAAUUCAAGACUCGGGGGCUGCAGGAUAUGUGUAUCAGAGAUUUAUUUUUCAAUUUUUUUGGAAAAGGAUGAAGGGAAAAGACUGAAGUAACCCUCAGCCUGAUUCUGCGAUUCAACCUAAGGCUCGGGGGCUACUCCAUAUGGAGCGCGAGUACUUCGCGCACCAUAUAUGAUCAAGAUUUCGGGGCUUGAGCACAUCACAGUCUCGAAGCAACCGGAAGUACUUGGAGGACUACUCGACGUAUCUGAAGGAAGACCCAGAAGCAACCAGAAGGACGUUCUGACUGCUUGAAGUACUCGAAGACGCCCAGCCAAGUACUCGACGCCUGCAGGACUCGGCUACGAAGAGCUCGGGGGGCUUGUCAGACCCGGGGCAGCGGGACUGCUUAUAGGCAUAGAAUGUUCUAGAGUAAGGGAUAACUUAUGGAUGGACCUUACCUCUCUUGUAACUACCCGAAUAGGCGUAGAACUAGCUGCAAUACAAAGAAAACUACCCGAUUGUGUUGUAGUAGGACUCGAACUGUACUCAGUUAGGACUUUCCAUGUAACCCUGCCCCCCCCGGGUAUAUAAGGGCGGGCAGGUACCCCCUCAAAACAUCAACACCUAAGGCAAUACAAACCACCACAUAGGACUAGGGUAUUACGCAACUCGCGGUCCGAACCUGUCUAAAUCUUUGUGUUUCUUGCACCAUCGAGUUCCAGAGCAGCCGAUCUCUACCUACAAACCUUACUGCUAAGGGUAUCUCUGAGCAGACUUGGCGGUAAACACCGACAGUGGGAGAGGCGAGGCCCCCACGCAGAGUGGCCAGGAUCAGUGAUUUUCAUCGGCGCUGCGACGGGGUGUUCUGUUGAGGCUCCUUUGGGACAGAGGGGAUCGACGAUCGUGUGUGUGGCUUGAGGGUGUUCUCCCAUGGUGGAGGAGUUCAAGGUGCCGCUCAGGAUUGCAGCGGGCCGCGGCUUAGGCGUGGCGUAGCGUUGGCGACGACGGCGCAGUUCGUGGUGGCUUCUUUUGCUUCCUCUUCCAGUUUGUGGUGGUGUAGUGUUUUGUUGGGUGUGUUGUUUGCAUGUGUUGUUUGUGUGGUGGUGGUGUUCGCUUCGACGCGUUAUGUACGAAUGCUUCUUCUUCUUAUAUGAUGUGGCAGUACUCCUGCUUUUUAUUAAAAAAAAA